AUGUCUUCAGACAAUCGAUUCAUGUAUUCCCAACCGCAGCCCCAGGCGAUUGCGACCAAUUACGACUACUCGAGCUAUCCCCCGCCCACACACGCUGCAGCUCCGUACGAAAACGGCCAGAUACACCCGUCGCAGCAGAGGCCGCCCUUGCGUUCUACGUCUUCGUCGCAGCCUCACUCGCCGACGCAGCCCACUCAUUUUCACCAGCCACAACCACAACCCACGUACUCUAAUCAGAGUCAGACAUACGCACCUGCUCCCUACAUUUCUCAGUCUCAGUCUCAAUGGACGGCUCAGGGAUGGUCCUACAGCCCUGUCUACCCCCCACAACAACCGCCCCCGCCUUCGGAACCGUCGUACAAAUCCGAGCCUCAGUAUAAUGGCUCGCCAACGAGUCGAAUGGAUACACGAAUGGAUGCGCGAAUGGAUACGCGAAUGGAUACACGAAUGGAUACUCGACCAAGUUCACCGCCUGAACAACGAGGUUAUGCCCCUCCUCCUCCUCCUCCCAAUCCAAACCCUCCCAGGGUCACUGAAGACAGACCGCCGCCGCCCCCUCACCACGCUCAUCAUUCGUCUCAACCGCCACCUCCGCAUCAGCCAAAUCAUCAACCGCCUCAUCAACCUCCGCAUCAACCUUCUCACCAACAUUCUCAGCAGCAGCAUCAACCACCGCUGCCACAGCACCAUCUGCCGCAUCCUCCACCAGCUCAGCAUCAGCAACACCAAAACCAUCAACAACAUCCUCACCAACCACAUCACCAGCCUCCCGCCCAUGUGUCCCAACCCCCGCCAAGCCAUGCAGGACUUCCGCCCAAAAGGCUCAGAGAAAUGGACUCACCUCCCAUGGCUUCGGCGCCUAUGCCCCCUCCACCUAUUACACCAAUGGGUCCUCCACCCCAUGGCCUCGAUUUUAGAAAGCUGUUCGAGUCGUAUGAGCUUAUCAUCCGUACCGGUGACUCUCUUUCAAGGAGCUCUGCACCUGGCCGUCCUUUCCCCUUGGAUGCUAUUGACGAGAUGCUACAGUCUGCCACGUAUGGCGUGCAGAUCUUCGAAUCAACAUCAAACCUUCCCGCUUCUCCCGCCCUCAGCGAGGUCCGCCCACCAUCGGAGGAACAGCCUCCCCCAGAACCACAGCAGCCACCGCAGGAGCCAACAACCAAUGGAACCACGCCAGCGGCAAAAAAGCAGAAGACGGAGGAACCCUCCCAAGACGGGCAAACAUGCUUGGGAUGCAAAGCUACCUCAACACCGGAGUGGCGUCGGGGCCCCAUGGGUCCGCGUACUUUGUGCAAUGCUUGUGGUCUGGUUUAUGCCAAGAUGAUAAAGAAGCGCACUCGUGAAAGCCUCCGAGCUAACGGAAAGACCAACGGUCAGAACGGAGCAGCAUUCAAUGGUAACGGCGAUGAUGGCGCGUCCAACGGGGAGGAAGAGAGCGACAACGAAUCCUAUGCCUCUCAGGACCACAAGGAUGCGUAA